AUGUCGUUCACGACGCUCGCGAGGCGGAGAGCACAGCGGACACUCACUACCUGCAGAUGCCGAGCACGUCGCUGGCAGUCGUCCACCGCGAGCACCGAUGUCGGCGCUGCUCAGGCCUCCGUGUCGACGCCGCCAGCCGGCGGCCAUUCGCCAUCAAUUGCCACCUCCCCGCUACUCAAGCACACACGCGAUCAAGCGUUACGAACUCCAGGACUGCAAUGGCACGAUGAUGACCCGGGUGAUCCCUUCACAGGACGGGAGACGCGGAAGAUGAACAUGUACCAGGCAGUUCGCGAUGCAAUGAGCAUUGCGCUUACCAAAGAUGAUACUGCUGUUGUCUUUGGCGAGGAUGUUGCCUUCGGCGGCGUGUUCAGGUGUACAAUGGGUCUCGCUGAAGAGUUCGGUCGCGAACGGGUGUUCAAUACGCCCCUUACCGAGCAGGGCAUCGCUGGCUUCGCGAUCGGCCUCGCAGCUAUGGGUCACACCGCGAUAGCAGAAAUACAGUUCGCUGACUACAUCUUCCCCGCUUUCGAUCAGCUAGUCAACGAGGCCGCCAAGUAUCGCUACCGCUCUGGAGGGCAGUUCAACGUCGGUGGUUUAACGGUGCGCUGCCCCACGAUGUCCGUUGGCCAUGGAGGGCUCUACCAUUCUCAAUCCCCGGAGGGCUUCUUCAUGGGCGCGUCGGGACUCAAAGUGGUCAUUCCACGCUCGCCCCUGCAGUCCAAGGGCCUCUUACUCUCGUCCAUUCGUGACCCAAAUCCGGUAAUCUUCAUGGAGCCCAAGAUUCUUUAUCGGUCGUCGGUGGAACAGGUCCCAAUCGACGACUUCAUGCUUCCGCUCUCAACAGCAGAGACACUGGUGCGGGGUUCUGACCUCACUGUGCUCUCUUGGGGUACUCCAGUCUACACCUGUCAUAAUGCACUCUCGAUGCUUGCGGAUCCACCGGAGUCGAUAUCGUCACAUGUCCCUGCCUCUCUACGCUCCGCUAGCGUCGAACUCAUUGACCUUCGUACAAUACUCCCCUGGGAUGUUGACACCGUCGUCGCCAGCGUAAACCGGACAGGUCGGUUGGUCAUCGUUCACGAGGCAGGCCCGACGGCCGGUGUCGGUGCCGAGAUUGCAGCCGAGGUUCAGAAACGAUGCUUCCUUAAAUUGAGCGCACCUGUGCGAAGGGUGACGGGAUGGGACACACCGGUAGGGCUUCAGUAUGAGAAGUUUUAUGUACCGGACGCCCUCAGGAUCAUGGACGCCUUGAUGGAGACAUUGAACUACUAG